AUGGGAAGGAAACGCCUCGGCUGCUGCUCGAUUGCGGAAGAUUUGGAGAAGCCCGACAAAUAUUCGGUGAAGAAAUGUCUAAACGGUCACUGCGUUCCAAAAAAGGAGCAACAUUUCGACGAUACCAUACGUUUGGUCGUCGCCAGGAGUACGGAGGCGGUUCUUAAACGGGGGACUGCCGCAAAACGCGUCAAGACGGCGACGACGGUCGUCCCACCGAUCGGCAAAUAUCAACGGGAUAAAUGGUCACCGAAGAAGGCUGCGGGUUGUUCCGUUGAAUACGUUGCCCCGAAACCAAAGGAGGUCAGCAAAGAGGCCGAUGUAGACGGUGACGACGACGACGACGACAACUGCCGUCCUCGUAACCCGUUCGAUUUGUCUACGUAUUCGAUGCCGGACUUCGCCAUUGCCAACUACCGUCGUUACCUUGACGAAAUCAACGCUACGGCUGACGCGCACGAAGACCCACCUGACGAUCUGUUUUAUGCCAGGGGCACCAGGCGUCAGUCGAUCUUUUACGACACGGAUGCUGGUUGUUACUCGAACGAAACCUUGGCGCCAAAGAACCGUACUGGCCGCAAAAUGAAGAGCUCGAUCCACGUGUUUAUGCUGUCCAACUACCUGCUGAACACGAACAGCAACCGUUCGUCGUGUCUGCUGAACCCUGAUAGUUUUCCGAAGCUGUUAAAGACGCUACAUCGCCCCUCGACUCGACUGCGGGUGGCUCGCAAGCGCAGGAGACGCGCCGGUCAAAACGGCAAUAGCGGCAACCACUCGAGGGCAAGGUGGCAUUAG